AUGUCUUUGCAGAAAACCAGAAAAAUUAGCAAAUCAGAGUUAAUCUUGAGAAUAACAGAUCCAAAAACAAGAAAGACAACUUUAGAAUCAUUGAAAAGAUCAAUGCAUAUAAAAAUACCCAAGUCAUAUUUUACAAGUGAAGAAAGGAACUCGAUUAUAUCCGAAAUGAAUGCUUCAAAGAAAGAAAAACCAGUGUUGCAAGACCAAUUCGACUGUAGAGGUUUUGUAAAAAUAUGCUACAAUAAGCCAAAGCAUGUUGUUGAGAGAAGUUUAAAGUACAUUCCUUUAAUGCCCACAGAUCUGUGCUUUGAAGAUCAGAAUAUGCAAAUAUUCUACCUUUCAGUCAUUUUAAGGCAAUGCUUGAAUUUAAAAACCGAAUAUAAUCUUAUGUUGCUUUUAGAGACGUUAUAUUGUGAAGCAACCGAUAGAUCUUUUUUGAAAUACUGUGUUUGUAGAAUCUCAAAAAAGACAUUGGUGGCGUUUUUACAAAGCAAUAUAUGCAAUUUUAAAUUGAUCAAAGAGUUUGUUGGAUUUUUAGCACCAAAACUACAGCCAAAUGUUGUCGAAGCUUGGUUUGAAAAUGACUUUGAAUUUAUAGAUGAGCUUUUCAGAAACAUGGACGUCAUGAAGUUGAGACAUGACUUGCCAUUUGAUAAUCGUGCAUUUGACUAUUUUCUGCAAUUUAAGAUAUUUAGAAAAGCCAUAUUCAAUGACAAUAUGAGUAAAAAGUUUAUUAUUGAAAUGAAGGAGUAUGCCAACAGAGAUGAUUUUGAAUAUUUCUAUAGGCAAUUAGGCAUAGCAAGAAAAUUGAAUGCAUGCUGUAAGACAAAGCCCAAAGAUAACUCUGAAUUUGUGUUUUUCAAUGCUUUUGAUAAGAAGAAUCAAAUUUACAGCAAUCUGUUGAAGAUUAGACACUACCAAACAAGAAUCGGCCAUAAUGCCAUCCUGAAUGUCUUCAUAAAUAAUAAUGUAAGGGAUAUUUGCGAAUAUGUGAAUGUGUAUGAUGUUGUUCUGUCCAUUAUUGAGGACACAAUCGUCUUUAACAGUGCAAGAAUCAAGAGUUUUGAAGGAGAUGCUGAACUCGCAGAUAAGACAGAUUAUCAAGAAGCAAAGCUACUGAAUGAUACUCUUUUUGGCAUAUUAAAAAAAAAUGAGGAUGUUUUCAGAACAGUUGUUAGGCAUUUCUAUCAUCCAAAAGACCAGCUUCUUCAGGAUUUAUUAACCGGCCACUUUAAUUUUACUGCUAGAGAUGCUACUAAGUAUAUUAACUUUGGAUAUGAAAAUGAGCUGAUGAUCUUUUACAGAACAAAGCCUGUACAAGAGUUGUUGGAAUUAGUUGAUGACUGGAAUCGCGAAUUUUUUCUAAAACUAUUCUGCAGCAUUCAACUUGAUGCUGGCAAUGCUGUACCGAUUAUGAACUUUAUUCAAAAGUCUGGGCUAACUCCAUGCAACGAUCUCAUUGUUGGUAUUUAUGACAAAAUUUUGGAUAUUUCUAGUAUACAGAUUUUUGAUAGCCUUGCAGAAUCACUUAAAAUAAUCUAUGUUCUCAGAAACAAAGAUUUUCGUCGGGAGUUUGUCACCAGGCUGUUAAAAUCGCAUCAUUCAACGACUCAUUCUUCGCUUUGUUAUUCUGCUUGGAUUUAUGAAAUAUUUUCAGUUGACUCCGCUCUUAGAGCAAGCUUUGUGAAAGAAGCUACGAACAAAAAUCCGUUUUUCAGGAUCGCAGUCUUAGAAAACAUAGAAUUUGAUCCAAACAACAUCAUCGAGUCUCUCUUCACCAACAGUUUUAUUCUAAAACAAGAUGCUCUUUAUCUUUUUGCUGAAAAUUUUGAAAGGUUACUUGAUCAAAUACUGAAAACUUUGUCUAAAGAAGAAAUUAUGAGUUUAAGUGAGAAAGACUAUGUCUUUCGCAAGUAUUUUGUCUCAAAAGCAAGUAAUGAUAACAGAAUAAGGUUGAACUUGGAAAAUGAUGUUGAGUUUGGAACCUUGGAAAAAAUUUCAUUUGUGAUGUCAUACAAUUUAUCAAAUAGAUAUCUUUGCUACAUCAUUUUCGAUAAAAUACUCCACAUUUUAACCUCAGGCACUUCUACACAGAGAAUGCUAGUUCUUACUUACAUCAAUCCACUAACGCUCACAAAAACACACAUCCUAAAGUUUAUCAAUGCUCUUAUUCCGCUACUUAAUUCUAGCAAUUCAACAGUCUGCAAACUGUCAAAAGUAAAAUUUAAUCAAAUCAGGGUUGAGACAAUCGAAGUUCAGAAUAUAUUGUCUGAAAUAGUUCAAACAUUCCUGGACAGAAGCUACUUUAAAACCUUUCUACAAUCUUUCAAAUCAAUCCAAUUCAAUAACUAUUUAUGCUUUAAUUCACUCAACAUUCUCUUGCAGUUGUUUUUAAGGAGUUUGGAUGAAAACACCAUUGAGUGCUUUAAUGUUCUCAAAAGAUUAAUCAAUAUCAUAAAAGAAAAAGACAUUAAGCAUGUUUCUAAUCUUGUGUUUCGCAACAUGAGUUUAUUUGUGGUCAGCAACAAUUAUUCAACGUUGGACGCCCUUGAGGUGGCCUCGCAGUUUUGCUUUUAUACGCAGUUUGAAGAUUUUGAUGUUUUAUUACAAAACUUAAAUUCACUUAGAAUUUGCAACUAUCUCGUGGAGAUACUGAAAAUGAAAGGAGACUCUGCCCUGAAUGACAAAAUCAUUUGCCAUGCUCUUAGCAAUGCGAAGGCCCAUGGAGAUAAGGAGUCUUCUAUAGUUGUAGAGCCUGCAUUUGUUGCAGCCGCUUGUGAGUUAGCCGAGUUCUCCAAGCAUCUAAAUGUCUUUAUCCCGUUGAUUAAAAAGACUGUUUCGAAAUGA